UAUUAUUUUUAUUAUUAUUAUUAUUAUUAUUAUUAUUAUUAUUAUUAUUAUUAUUAUUAUUAUUAUUAUUAUUAUUAUUAUUAUUGGCGUAAUAGCCAACGCGGUCAUGCCGGUCUUUUCAGGACUUGAGUACCACGUAGCCGGAUAGUCACCUUUUGCUACGGUGGACGGUUCAUACGCGGUUAGAACCCUCGACGGGCAUGCAGAUGUGCGGAAUGAUGGCGUUGCCGCGCGACCGCUCCUAUCCAGCGGGUAACUUUCAUUCUGCCACACUGUCUCCUGCUCGAUGCAUACGCUGUAGGCAGGGGGAAUGAUGCACCUCCACGAUAAAAAAUAACACCGUCAUGAACCAGCGGCGGACCUAACGGUAGGCGGACUAGGCGGUCGCCGAUGAUCUCUACAAGUGUACAGAGUAUUAACGACAAGGGCCCCCGGAAAGAUGGUCGUUAGGGCUCCGUGGCUGGAGAACCAUUUGCACCUCCCCUCCCCCCAUGGCGACAACAAUUUUAGGGCCUGUGACUAAUGAUCGUAGGGGUCCCAUGGCCACCCCCCCUCCCCCCCCCCCAUCCGCCGGCAAUUUAAGUAUACCGUUCAAUCUUCCAACAGCUGUGUGCCAGUACCCCCUGCUCCCGGUCAUCAGUUACCAUUGACAGGGGCCUCAAUUCGUCUUUCCGCCUUUCAUGAACACCUUCCUUUCUUUGAUCGAUGGAUCAUAACAUUCCGGAAGAAAACACAUUUGGCGAAAGUGUUGCACACACACGCAUGCUCACACCCACGCGCAGAUGGCUCAGGAUAUCUAUGUUAUCUACAGCAUAAGAAAGCAAAAGCUUAGGAUAACAAAGUUAUGCUUAAUGCUUAACACGUUCAGCACGAUGACAUGUCCCAGGGACUACCAGUGAACUUUCCAGGAUGCUGGUUUCACAAUCAGGUUGCGUUCUUGAUGCUGGCGGAACGGAAAGUUGAUGAAAAUCAGCGCCGGGCUGAACGUGUCAAUGCAAAUUAGGGUUCAGCGCGUUGCACAGCAAACCCUCCAGCGUAAAAUAGCGAUUCGUUAGUCAUUUUUAUAUUGCAGUGUUUGAACUCAUUGCGAUUUUUUGGUUUGAUUUGUGAAAAUGCAACUUCAUCGCCGCAAUGUUUGUUAACGGCAUUUUUAGGCGCCACAACAGCUCGCGAGCAUUGACCACACGCGAGAAAGAGAUAGCGCUAUGGAGGGAAAAAGUAUGGACGACGGCUGACAGCGAUUGGCCGUCUGACGCACCAACACAUCCAAACCUUCGACAGCGCGCUUAGGCGAAGGGUAUGAGGCGGAGCCAGGGACGGGUAGCUCGACGAGCUGCUUGACAAAUUUGCCGUUGGAGGGAAAAAGAUGGCAUGAUAAAAUUCUCCGAACGGAAAGAUUUCUUCCGUCGCUUUGCGCAGCGGGUUCAUGGAUCGACAUCCCAACAUUACAGUAAGAACACCAGAAAAUACAUCUUUGGCUAGAGCUAGAGGUUUUAACAAAGAAAGCGUAAAAGAAUUUUUUGAUGUGUUGGAGACGGUAUUAAGUGAACAAGAUUUCCCUCCGCACAAAAUAUGGAACAUGGAUGAAACCGGAUUCUCCACAGUACAAACAAAACCGAACAAAGUUCUUUCUAAGAGGGGAGAACAUCAAGUUGGAGUGAUAUCUAGCAGUGAAAGGGGCACUAACACUACUGUAAUUAUGGCCAUGUCUGCAUCGGGGGACUAUUUACCACCGAUGUUUAUCUAUGCUAGACAAAGACUUAACGAAGGUCUAAAAACUGGUGCUCCAGAAGGAUCAAAGUUCGGUUGCAGUAAGAAUGGCUGGAGCACUAUGGAAACGUGCAUGGAAUGGUUCGACCAUUUUUUAGCAUUUACAAGACCAACUGUAGAUUCUCCAAUACUGCUAGUUAUGGACGGACAUUCAAGCCACACAAAAAACUGGCCGUUGUUGGAAAAAGCAAAAAACAGCUUUGUUCGAAUCAUAACAAUCCCACCACACACGUCUCAUAAACUACAGCCGUUAGAUGUAACGUUUAUGGGGCCAUUGGAAACUUACUAUUCAUCUGCUAUUGGAACUUUUAUGAAAAAUAACCCAGCAAAAUCAGUUUCACUCUAUAACAUUCCGUCGCUAGUAAAAGAAGCGUUUGAAAAAGCUGCAACUAGAUCAACUGCAAGAAAUGGAUUUUCUGCUACAGGAAUAUAUCCAUUCAACCCAUCGGUUUUUAAAGAAGAUGAUUUUGUUGUCAACAAUUUCAUAACACAGCAAAAUAUAGCAGAAACUAUACAACCAUUAGAGCCGACACUAAACGCUACACUAAACAAUAGCCAAAUUGAUGUUUUGCCGAUUGCUAUGUCAAUCCCUUCGGCAGACUCAGAUAAUAAUAGCAUUCCUUCACCUGUCUGCACACCAGCACAAAAACAGAAACCACGCCGAAAUCGACAAGGAAAAUCUGCAGAGCUUACUUCAAAUAAAUAGAGGACGAAUCUUUUACAACAAGUUGCAUUAAAAGAUGUAUCAAACAUUAAAAAAAGAAACAAAACUCAGUAAAAAAAUCAAACAAUGAUACAAAAUAUCCUGUGCUAUAAGUGUGGCGAUGUAUUUAGCACGUCAAAAAAUUGUGAAGCUUGGACAACAUGCUGUUUUUGCUUAAAAUGGUUCCAUGCAACUUGUUGCCUAGAAUGCGAAACAUGUAAAUAAUGUUGGAAUUCGUUCAUCUUACCAAAACAAUAAAAAUAUGAUGUAUAUUAUAAUUUAAAUAAAAUCAUGAAAUCAAUUGCUAUUAAUUUUGGAAUAAAUGGAUUUAUAUUUCGUGAUUUAAGUGUUUAUUUGAACUAUUAAAUCUAGGUACUCCAUAGUGUUUUUGUAUCGUAUUAGCAUUAUGAAACUUUAGUGAUACAGACUGCAACCAUAUGGGAGUGAUUGGUUUUGGUAAAAGGCAUUUAAAAUGUAAUAAUAUAGUAUAAUGUUAUAAUAUCCAAUAAUUAAAAUGUAGCUCCGUGAAAUUUAUGGAAAUUAUACUAACCCAUUCCUGACGAGACUUGAUUUCAAAAUCAACCAUACAAUCGUAUUAUAGGCUGAUAGACAUACUAGACGGGUACCGUGGUACAGUCAUCAGCUCAUAAAACUUAACAACAUGCCCGUCGUAGGAUCGAGAGUUCAAGCCCCAUGCGAACCGUCUUUUAUAGUAAGAACUGACUAUUCGGAUCUUUCGACGAUCGGCAAAGUACGUCUAAGGAUGACGAACAGUCUAAUUUCGAGAUGGUGGUUCUUAAACGUUUAUGAAUUUCAUAGAACUUUCACACAUGUUUGCCCUUAGUUAAUCUAUUAAGCGCUUGGCACUCUUAGAACUUUUGUAAGUCUCAAAAACUUGGAAAACCGGUACGACCGCAAAGAUUGUUCUACCGAGUAGAAAACGAAGGCAUAUUAGAAGUAAGAAGACUUAUGCCAAACACGAAGCUUACCUCGGAUUGACUGGUGCCAUCAAAGGCUUAAGUUAAACACUGUCUUUAUUUGCUGUAAUUUUUCCCCAUUUAUACGUAACCAUUUAUACGUAAUUUAUAAUUAAUUCCAAAACAUUUACAUUUUCUAAAAAUGCUACGUCGUCAACAUUCCGAUCGGCCACUGAUCGGACACGUGAUUGCGGCAUUGUUUGUCGGCGCAGCCAAACCGUUUUGAUCGUUCGAUUGAGCGGAUGACUCCCGCUGCGCAGAGCGAUCGAAAACUUCUCAUACUCAAACUCCCAACCCGCAAAAGCUCAUUUUCGCCGCGAUUCUCGACCAAGCGAAAAUAAAAAUUAUGCCAUUUGUAUGGGGCGAACACACACACACAAAUUAUGGUGGCUGAUUAUGGAUGGGAAGAUUAUGGUUCUGCCUUCUGUUUCGCUCUCGCUCACAGACGAUGGUGUCCCAUCGCAUUCUCACCAUGUUAUAGGCCAAAGCUGUGGUUGUUGCUGCUCUUUCUCGCAAGUGAGGGAGUUUUCUUUCUCCUUGUUAUUCCCAUGUGUGGCAUUGGCUGCGAACGAUCGCCAUCCCCGCGAUCGAUUGAUUUGAAGCGGAAUAUUUUAGUAGCAAGCAGGUGAUCAUAGUGUCGAAAGUUUAAUUGUACAAACGAUAAUUUAAACUCUAUUUAAAAUGUCGACAAAGAGAUGGCGCAGUACAGGUGGUUUAAACUACACCCGCAACAAGAGGAUGCGUAUGUUUGAUGCUGAGUGGGAAAACGAGCUGCGUAAGGAUAACGCUCGUCCUUCGACAUCGGCUCAAAUUCCAUCGGCUGAUGCACCGAUACCUGCGGCUGAAGCUUUGCCAGAAAGCGUGUCACAGGAAGCGCAAGAAGACGAAGAAAGCAUUCCUGUGGGUAAUGAGGAUAGCGAUGAUGGAGCUGAUAGCUCUAGCAACGAUGACCUCUUCAGCGACUUUAGUGAGGACAGCGAAUGCAGUGCCGACAGCUUGGAUGGCAGAAAUGUCCAGUUCAGGGACAAACUUAGGCGCUGGGCGCUUUCUUGCAACCUCACCCAUUUUGCUGUAGGUUCUCUUCUUACCUUACUCAAAGAGGAAACAAGUUUUAAGUUGCCAAAGGAUCCACGGACUCUUUUAAAAACACCGAAAGCAACGUCCAAUGUGAUAGAAAACAUCGGAGGGGGCGAGUUUUGGUACAACGGUGUUGCAAAUUGUCUGACAUCGUACUUCACGAACAUUAAACCCAAAGCAUCAACUUUUUGGUUAGAUUUUGCUAUGGACGGAUUGCCCAUCCAUAAGAGCGGCCCUACACAAUUGUGGCCGAUUUUGAUGCGAGUAACCGAUGUUCCGCAAGCACCAGUAUUUGUUGUGGCUCUUUUUUGUGGAAAAACUAAACCAGCGAGCGCGGAAGAUUAUCUUCGGCAGCUGGUUACAGAGCUGAAUCAGCUGCAGUCAACGUGUAUAGUGUUGAGCGGAAUACAAGUCAAAAUCCGUGUACGCGCCAUCAUCGCCGACACUCCAGCGCGUGCUUUUAUCAAAGGCGUUAUAUCACACAACGGCUAUGACUCCUGCCUUAAGUGCACAGAGCACUCUGUGUACGAUGAAGUCACGCAUCGGAUGUACUUUUCCGGAGUUGAUGCACCGAAGAGAAUAGCCAAAGAGUUUAAGGAAGGGAAGUACAAACGUCAUUGUAAAAAUACCACCCCGCUCACUGCCUUAGACUUUUUCGACAUUAUCGACGAUGUUCCAACUACCGAUCGACUGCAUCUGAUUGAUCUUGGAGUAAUGCGCUACCUGAUGAGGUCGUGGAAAAAAGGUACAUUUGGACAACUCUACAAAUGGAAUCUGGAGGAUAUAGAAUAUAUAUCGAGCGUUAUGGACAAGGUGAAGCUACCUUCAGAAGUACCACGAAAGCUACGCAGUAUUCAUUACUUAAAAUUCUGGAAAGGUGCAGAAUUUAAAAAUUUCUUGCAUUACCCCAGCAUUGUUGCACUGAAGGAUACUCUUCCAGAAGCAGCAUAUGAACACUUUAAAUUAUUUUUCUGCGCUAUCACUAUUUUUUCGUCCCCAGCUCAUGAGCAACACUAUGAGCUGGCACACGAAAUGCUACUUAAAUUUGUGCGUGAUUAUGCCACACUGUACGGGGAAUGCUUUAUCUCCAGCAAUGUGCACAAUUUAAAGCACGUAUACGAUGAUGUGUGUAGCUUUGGAUCGUUCGACGAAUAUUCAACCUACGUUUACGAAAGUGCACUUCAAGUGAUAAAACAUUUGAUACGCACUGGCAAUAACAUCAUGCCACAGGUUAUAAACCGCAUUAAAGAAAUAGCAAGAAUGCUAAACGAGCACCUCGCAACAGUUGCUCAGGAUUCGCAACAAUAUCCUGCUAUCGUCAAUAAAGGAAGUGGCAUGAAUGUACACAUAAGAAAAAACUUUACGCUAAAAAAGGGACAGCGCGACCAAUGGUUCAUGCUGAAUAAUGAUAUUAUCAUGAAAUUUUCUAAUGCAACGCUAUCCGAUUCAAAAGUUACUGUAGAAGGCCAGUAUUUUCUAAAACAAAGGUCCUAUUUCAUGAAACCAUGUAACUCCGCAUUGUUGCAUAUUUAUGCUACAAAACUGAACGACCUUUCUACCUACACGCAUAUGGUUUCAGUUGAUGAAAUCAAAUGCAAGUUGGUUACAAUCAACAUUGACGAAGAAAGCAUGCUAGUGAUUCCAUUAUUGCACACAUUAGAGAAUUAGCUUGUAAAUAGAAUGUAAAUAGAAUUAGACCAUAUAGAUUUAGCUUGCAUUAAUUUAAAUAGAUCUAGAUCAUAUAGAUGAUAUUUAGGUUUGUUGAAUUUUGUUGACCGUGUAUUAGAACUGUACACAAAAAUAAAUAUGAACAAGAAGCAUGUAACACAAAUACAAUACAACAACCUCGGCCACGUGACAGCCCUUCCGAGAGCCCUGCUCAAUCGACUGCUCUCUACUAGUGUUGGGUUAUACGAUUAAUUUCACGACCCGGCCCGGAGUCGGGUGCGAGCCAGCCGGAAUCGAUUCCGACCCGUGGGUGCAGCGGGUGCGCUUGAUCGAAGUUGGAAUCAAAUCCGACCCACGGGUGCAACGAGUUGGAGUGGACCCGAAAGAUCAGUAGGUGCAAUAAAGCAUAAGCGAGUCCAACUCGUUGGUGCAACGAGUUCGGGUUGGGUCGGUAGGUAGGUUCAAUACCCGACCCGAAAUCGCUGCACCAACAGGUUGGAGUCAAUCUGAUCUUUCGUGUCGACCCCAACUCGCUGCACCCGCGGGUCGGAAUGAGCCCCCUUUGGCCCGACCCAACCCGAACUCGUUGCACCAACGAGUUAGACUCGCUUAUGCUGUCUCGCACCUACCGGAGUCGUUGCACCCACUGAACCUACUUGUACCUUUCGGGUCGACCCGAACGACUCCGGGUCGCUUACGGAUGGCUCCGACCCGAUAGGUUCGGGUCGACCCGCCCAUCACUAUUCUCUACCCUCGUCCUCAGCGCACGAAACAUACUCAGAUGCAUCCGCUUAGAAUAGGCUAGCAUAUUGCAAUGCAGGAAAUGCAUUUGCACAUUUCGUCACGUACGUACAAUGUUAAUUUUUGUUUGUCUUGCAUGUGUGUGAUUUCGUAGAAAUAAAAAUGAACGAAUGAA